CGGAAAAAGACGCAGGAAGAAGGGGUGGUGCUUGAGCACGCUUAGAAAAGCGCCCUUUUCUCUUUUGCGACUCCUUUUUCCUCCCCCCCCCAAUUUCCCUUCCACAUCGACGUAAGUAGGAGCCACAGAGAACUGUUUGGCUUAAUUUAUAACAUAUUUAGUGGCUGACCGAAUCCCAUUUUGCCGUCCACGCCACUGAUCAGUCGCCUGGUACGUUUCGUGAGCCGCGUAACAAACACGCCACAGCCGGGGCCACGGUUAUCGCCAUUUUGUGUAUUCAACAAGACAAAGAAGGUUGGUUUUGUGCACCAUGGCAGAAGCGGACCGACCAGGCAAGCUCUUUAUCGGCGGGCUGAAUACCGAGACCACCGAGAAGGCCUUGGAGCAGUACUUCAGCAAAUAUGGAAGGAUUGUUCAAGUUCUUCUGAUGAAAGAUCGUGAAACAAAUAAGUCAAGGGGGUUUGCGUUUGUGACAUUUGAUAAUCCAUCUGAUGCAAAGGAUGCAGCACACGAGAUGAACGGAAAGUCUCUUGAUGGCAAGUCGAUCAAAGUGGAGCAGGCUACCAAGCCUCUGUUUGACUCUGGAGGCAGACGAGGACCCCCAUUCAUGCACUCUCGCAGUCGUGGCCCACACAGGGGCCUCCGUGGAUCCAGGGGAGGUGGAAUGAGAGGACCACCAUCCAGAGACUACUACGAUGAUGACAAUGGAGAACCCUACUAUAAGGGGAUGUCGUCAAGAGGCCCCCCUCCAAUGAAGAGAGGACCACCUAUGCGCAAUGGAGGCCCGCCGCCAAAAAGAUCUGCUCCAUCUGGUCCAAUGAACAGACCCCCAAUGUCAAGGGACAGGGACCCCUAUGGUCCUCCCCCUCGCAGAGACUCCAUGAUGUCCAGAAGGGACGACUAUCCAUCACCCAGAGAUGACCAUUACAACUCAAAAGAUAGCUAUUCCAGUCGGGAUUAUAACUCGAGAGACUCGAGGGACUAUGGACCACCUCCCAGAGAUUAUUCAUACCGGGAUUACUCCAAUUCCCGGGAUGACUAUGGGUCAAUGUCAAGGGGUUACAAUGACCGUGAUGGCUAUGGUGGAGGGCGGGAUUCCAGAAGCUACAUGGACCGUCCGAGCGGCGGCAGUGGCGGCGGCGGAGGCUCGUACAGAGAUUCGUUUGAUGGUUACGGUAACUCUCGCAGCGCCCCACCUUCACGGGGCCCCCCACCGUCCUUCGGUGGGGGCAGCGGAAGCGGUCGUUACGAUGACUAUGGAGGCAGUUCCCGGGAUGGCUAUGGCGGCCGUGACAGUUACAGCAGUCGGAGCGAGCCGUAUCCAUCACCCCGUGGCGAGCGAAUGGGUAGGCAGGAGAGGGCUGCUCCCCCCGGCGAGAGAGGGUACCCUCCUCGCGAUUCGUAUGGCUCGAGCCGCGGAGGGCCACGUGGCGGCCGCGGAGGCAGUCGACCCGACAGGGGCAUGGCUCGCAACAGAUACUAAAAUGGACAUGGAAGUGUAGUAUCUCUAAAGCAGAUGCUGGUCUUCGUACUGCGUCGAAAGCGUUGUGGGAGAAGUCUGACAGAAAACAUGUCUAAAUCUGUGGAUUGAGUCCUAGCUUUAAAUUGUAUUUUGACUUUUCAGAUUUUUCGUGUGUUCACUUUUUUUUCCCCCCCCUAUCUCAUGUAAUGGUACAGUUGCCAGGUGUUUUUUUUUUUUUUUAAUAUUUUAUUUUUUUUGUACAUUCAGUGCUUCUGGAUUCUACAAUGCCCUGAGUUUGGCUUUCCUACUCCAAUAAAGGUUUUAGUUGUACACUGA